UGCAAUGGGUAUGAGAAGUGCUUCUCAAUUUACCCGAGAUUUCAUUCGGGAUUCAGGUGUUGUCUCACUUAUUGAAACCUUGCUCAAUUAUCCGUCCUCCCGAGUUAGGACAAGUUUUUUGGAAAAUAUGAUUCACAUGGCUCCACCUUAUCCAAAUUUAAACAUGAUCGAGACAUUCGUAUGUCAAGUGUGUGAGGAAACCCUUGCUCAUAGCGUGGGUUCCCCUGAGCAGCUGCUUGGAUUAAGGAUGCUUAGACACCUCACUUCAACUACUGACUAUCACACACUGGUUGCCAAUUAUGUGUCUGGGUUUCUCUCCUUAUUAACCACAGGCAACGCAAGAACCAAGUUUCACGUUCUGAAAAUGCUCUUGAAUUUGUCUGGAAAUGCUCUAGUGGCAAAAAAACUGUUCAGUGCCAAAGCUCUAUCAAUAUUUGUGGGUCUCUUUAACAUAGAAGAGACAAAUGAAAAUAUUCAAAUUGUUAUUAAAAUGUUUCAGAAUAUCAGUAAUAUUAUAAAAAAUGGAACAAUGGCUUUAAUUGAUGAUGAUUUCAGUCUUGAGCCACUUAUUUCUGCAUUCCAUGAAUUUGAGAAGUUAGCUAAGGAACUACAAGUCCAAAUAGACAAUCAAAAUGAUCCUGAGGUGGGACAACAAAGCUAAUAUGAUUAACCACCUGCCUCUCAUCAGCCUUAUGUUCCCAAAGAACCCUGAGUAGUGCUUUGGUCUUCACUGUCUGGUUUUAUGUGUAACAUAUUUUUAAUUCUGAUGUUAACUUUGUCCAAUUCUUGCUUUGAGCUGGAUUAUUUUGUGGAUGCCAAAUGAAUAUUAGAGCUGAAAACACAUUUGUUGAUAUUUGUCUUACUGUCCAGAUUGCAGUAUUUUUUCAGUAUUGAGCUUCCAAUGAAUUGAGUCACCUGUGUAAGCUACCCUGCUAUUUGUUGUUUAAACAUAUGGUUCUCUAUUCAAGUCUGUGUUUUCAAUAAAGUUCUAUGUGAAAAUUGGCAGAAGUGACAUUUCUUCAGUUUAAAAUACAGGUGCAGAUACAUUGCAUACUUAACAAACAUAGAUAAUGAGUAAUAU